UGUACACGUAGAAAAAGAGAGCGGGAAUAGGGCAUAAUAUAUUUUUAUUACAUCAAUGAAUUAUGGAUUUCUCUCGGAAGAAAUCGUUAAAAUCACAUGGUUCUUAUAAGCACUUCCGGAAGAUCCCUGCUGGAGGAGGCACUGACGAGUUUGCCCACGAGAAGCUUCCCAUUCUCGUCGACCACGAAUCAGAAGAUCAUCAUCACCAAUUUAUGAGGUCCGUUGAUAGCUCCGACCGCGGAGAAGUCAUCGUGAAAAUCGACGAGAGAGAUUCCAUCAGUCCAGAUUUGGUGGCCAACGGUAAUAACAACGGCAACAACAAGAUUUGGAGGGAAUCCAGCUAUGACUUCUGGACAGACGACGGCGACCGCAACAACGUUGGAAACAAUGUGGUUAGUGAGAACACCGUGAAAAAAAAGGGGAAUGCUGGGGAUUUUGAUUUCCCGAGACGUGGGCAGGGGGCGGAGGACCCGCCGUCGAAGCUGAUUGCACAGUUUCUGCACAAACAGAGGGCGUCAGGCGAUACGUCCCUGGACAUGGAUUUGGAAAUGGAUGAGCUCCGUGCCGACCCUCGGAAUCCGAACCUACUUCAGGUGUCAGAGUCCAAGGAGCUCAAGGUCUCCUUCCAGCCCUCAAAUGCUGGGGUUGAGACAGCAAACGAUUCGGUGCGACGUCGUUACAAGGAAAGGUCUUUCGACGAAGAGCAACAACCAUCACCGCAAAAAUGUCGCGGCAGUGGGUCGGGGAAGCCGGGCGAUGAGGUGGUGAGGUGUACAUCAAACUCAUCUGCUCAGAGAAAGUCGAACUUGUUGAGAGCGAAGACGAAGUCCAGGCUGAUGGAGCCACCGGACGAGCCGGAUAGGCGAUCGGGCCGGGUUCCCAGGUCGGGCCAGCUCCGGUCAGGUUUACUUUCGAAGACUUUGGACGAAGACGAAGAUGAUCCCUUCUGGGAGGAGGACUUGCCGGGCGAGUAUAGGAGAGCGAAGCUGAGCGCUCUGACUGUUUUGGAAUUUUUGAGUUUGGUUGCGAUAAUCGCGGCUUUGAUUUGCUCUCUUUCUAUUCCCUAUCUGAGGGACAAGAACCUGUGGAAGCUCAAGCUAUGGAAAUGGGAAGUUCUGAUCCUGGUUUUGAUCUGUGGGAGGUUGGUGUCUGGGUGGGGUAUUAGGAUCAUAGUGUUCUUUAUAGAAAGAAAUUUCGUUUUACGUAAAAGGGUGCUUUAUUUUGUUUAUGGUGUUCGGAAGGCCGUGCAGAAUUGCCUAUGGUUGGGGCUUGUUUUGAUAGCUUGGCAUAUUUUGUUCGAUAAGAAGGUCGAGAGGGAAACCAAGAGUGAUAAGCUUAAAUAUGUGACAAAGGUGUUUGUGUGUUUGUUGCUGGGUACCAUGGUUUGGUUGGCGAAGACCCUUAUGGUCAAAGUUCUGGCUUCUUCUUUCCAUGUCAGCACCUAUUUUGACAGGAUUCAGGAGUCUUUGUUUAAUCAGUAUGUGAUUGAGACACUUUCAGGGCCGCCAUUGAUUGAGAUGCAGAAUGCGGAGGAGGAGGAGGCAAGGCUUGCCGAUGAGGUCAGGAAGCUACAGAACGCUGGUGCUAGUGUGCCCCCUGAUCUCAAGGCAGCUGCUUUCCCACCAACAAAGAGCGGAAGGGUUAUAGGGAGUGGAGUGCUGCAGAGGAGCCCUCGACAGAAAAGCGGGAAGCUAUCACGGCUAAUGUCGAAGAAAGGAGAUGAUCAGGGGAUAACCAUUGAUCACUUGCAUAGGUUGAAUCCGAAGAAUGUGUCAGCGUGGAAUAUGAAGAGGCUGAUGAGGAUUGUUCGGUAUGGGACUCUUACGACCCUGGAUGAGCAGCUAUUGGAUGCCACAAAUGAGGAUGAGUCUAGUACACAGAUUAGGAGUGAAAUCGAGGCAAAAGCAGCAGCGAAGCAGAUAUUUCAAAAUGUCGCUAGGCAUGGGGCUAAGUACAUCGGCCUGGAAGACUUGAUGCGAUUCUUGCGAGAAGAUGAGGCUUUGAAAACCAUGAGUCUCUUUGAAGGAGCAUCUGAGACCAGGAGAAUCAGCAAGUCAUCCUUGAAGAACUGGGUGGUCAAUGCCUUCAGAGAACGGAGAGCACUUGCUUUGACAUUAAAUGAUACCAAAACAGCCGUAGACAAACUUCAUCGAGUUGUGAACAUUUUAGUUGGCAUUGUUAUGUUAGUUGUUUGGCUUCUGAUUCUGGGAAUUGCGACCACCAAAUUUCUGGUCUUUGUAAGCUCUCAGCUCCUCCUUGUUGCAUUUAUUUUUGGCAACACGUGCAAGACUAUAUUUGAAGCAAUCAUCUUCUUAUUUGUAAUUCACCCAUUUGAUGUGGGGGAUAGGUGUGAAAUUGAAGGAGUUCAGAUGGUUGUAGAAGAAAUGAACAUAUUGACUACCGUGUUUCUGAGAUACGACAACACGAAGAUUGUCUACCCAAACAGUGUUCUUUCUACUAAGCCCAUCAAUAACUUCUACCGCAGUCCUGACAUGGGAGAUGCUGUUGAAUUCUGUCUCCAUAUAUCAACUCCGGCAGAUAAGAUUGCAAUCAUGAGACAGAGAAUCAUAAGUUAUAUUGAGAACAAGAAGGAGCACUGGUAUCCUGCACCUAUGUUUAUAUUCAAGGAUGUGGAAGAGUUAAACAGGCUGAAGAUAGCUGUAUGGCUGACACAUAGAAUGAACCAUCAAGACAUGGGAGAAAAGUGGGCAAGGAGAUCCCUUUUGGUUGAAGAGAUGGUUAAGGUUUUCUGUGAGCUUGACAUUCAAUACCGCCUGUUACCUCUCGACAUCAAUGUCCGCACCAUGCCUCCUGAGAAUUCUACCCGACUUCCCCCUACCUGGACGGUAAAUACAAGUUGAGUGAGGAAAAAAUGAAGUUUUUCCUACAUAGUGGAUGUCCCUGAGCUGCUUAUGACCUCUUUGAGGGAUGCACCCUUGAAGGCUUUAUUUUCAUAGAGUAGGAUAUUUUCUGGAGAAUGGAGAGGUGAUUGUGUAUGAUACUGUUUAGUUAGUUAAUCUCAUUCGAAGGUUCUAGCCUUUGAACAUAAACAACAUUGAACCAGAACAAUCUGAAAUUUAAAUGUAUACACGUACCAGUUGUUCAAAA